AUGGCAGGGAGUAUCAAGGUUACAAAGAUGGAGGAAGAGCUCGAUCGACUGGAUUUGAUGAAUGAAAUAUUCUCCCUCAUCAACAAUCGGAAGCUGCACCGCGCUCCGAUUGGCGACGGUGCGCACAGAAUUCUCGACAUUGGUGCCGGGACAGGAUCCUGGUCCAUCGCCAUGGGUGACAGGUAUCCCCAGGCUGAAAUUAUCGGUAUUGAUAUCAGCGCUUCCGCCCCAAUAUGGAUUCCUCCGAACACGAGAUUCGAAAUUGCCGAUAUAGAGGACGAGUGGACCUUCAGUGCGCCUUUCGAUUUCAUCUACUGCAGAUACAUGGCAGGAGCCAUUAAAGAUUGGCCUCGGCUAAUCCAACGAAGCUUCGAGAACCUUAAACCAGGAGCAUGGGCCGAGUUCGCAGAUCUUGACAUUGAGUAUUACAGCCAAGACGGCACUCUGACAGAAGACCAUGCUAUUGUGCGUUGGAUCGAAAUUGCCACUCGAGGCAUGGAAGAUUUUGGCAGGACCUUAAGACCGGGGAAAAAGUUGGAGGGCUGGAUGAGGGAUGCAGGUUUUGUCAAUUUGCAGGUCGUCCGUGAUCCGAUACCAGUCGGGCCUUGGCCCAAGGACAAGAAGUUGAAACGAAUCGGACUUCUCAACUUUAUACAGCUUCACGAAGGCUUAACUGGCCUCAACGUGAGGCUCUUCUGCGACUUUCUUGGAUGGAGGAGAGAAGUCCUUGACAUUCUUCUGAUGGAAGUUAGAAAUGACUUCCAGAAUCCGGCUAUCCACAGCAUAUACGACAUGUAUACUGUUUGGGGACAGAAGUCGGAAGUUUGA